GUCAGCAUCCUGCAAGGAGGUAGUAACAUAUCCAGUUGUGAAACUGGGAAAGGCCAGAGCUCUCAGAUCAGGGAAACAUGUCCCGUCGGAAACAGACAAAUCCGAAUAAAGUUCACUGGGAUCAAGUAUUUGCUGGGCUAGAAGAGCAAGCCCGCCAGGCGAUGAUGAAAACUGAUUUUCCUGGAGAACUUGGCAGUCAGCGACAAGCUAUCCAACAACUAAGAGAUCAGGACUCCAGUAGCAGUGACAGUGAGGGUGAUGAAGAGGAGACCACACAAGAUGAAGUCUCUUCCCACACAUCAGAGGAAGAUGGAGGGGUGGUCAAAGUGGAAAAAGAGUUAGAAAAUACGGAACAGCCUGUUGGUGGGAAUGAAGUGGCAGAGCACGAGGUCACAGGGAACUUGAAUUCUGACCCCUUACUUGGACUUUGCCAGUGUCCCCUGUGCCAGCUAGACUGUGGGAGUCGGGAGCAGCUGAUUGCUCAUGUGUACCAGCACACUGCGGCAGUGGUGAGCGCCAAGAGCUACAUGUGUCCUGUCUGUGGCCGGGCCCUAAGCUCCCCGGGGUCCUUGGGUCGUCAUCUCCUAAUCCACUCGGAGGACCAGAGGUCUAACUGUGCUGUGUGUGGAGCCCGUUUUACCAGCCAUGCCACGUUUAACAGUGAGAAACUCCCUGAAGUACUUAAUAUGGAAUCCCUACCGCCAGCCCAUAGUGAGGGUCCCUCCAGUGCUGAGGGAAAGGACAUUGCCUUUAGCCCUCCCGUGUACCCUGCUGGAAUUCUGCUUGUGUGCAACAAUUGUGCUGCCUACCGUAAGCUACUGGAAGCACAGACCCCCAGCGUUCGCAAGUGGGCCCUACGCCGACAGAAUGAGCCGUUGGAAGUACGGCUACAGCGUCUGGAACGAGAGCGCACAGCCAAGAAAAGUCGGCGGGACAAUGAGACCCCAGAGGAGCGGGAAGUAAGGCGCAUGAGGGACCGUGAAGCCAAACGCCUGCAGCGCAUGCAGGAGACAGACGAGCAGCGGGCACGCCGGCUACAGCGGGAUCGGGAGGCGAUGAGGCUGAAGCGGGCCAAUGAAACCCCAGAGAAGAGGCAGGCCCGGCUCAUCCGGGAGCGGGAAGCCAAGCGACUCAAGAGGAGGCUGGAGAAAAUGGACAUGAUGUUGCGAGCUCAGUUUGGCCAGGACCCUUCUGCCAUGGCAGCCUUAGCAGCCGAAAUGAACUUCUUCCAGCUACCUGUGAGUGGGGUGGAGUUGGACAGCCAGCUCCUGGGCAAGAUGGCCUUUGAAGAGCAGAACAGUGGCUCUCUGCACUGAACCCGCCUGCCCUCCUGCUCACCCAGGUCCACACGGAUCUGUGCUACAGCCAACUCACAAGGCCUUGUCCUUACUGCCAGAGGAAGGCCUGGGUUUGCUGCAGGUGGACCUGAGCACCUCUUGCAUGUGGGAGCAGGAUGAUGGGGUCAGCAGGGAGCCAGAUUAAGGCAGCUCUGGACGAGGGAGUAGGCACUCCAGGGAACUGGACUCCCAGCCCAAAGCUGCAGGGCAUGCUUAUAGGACUAUGGGGCCCAGUGCGGCCCACGGAGUUGUGAGGGCAAAUAAAUUAAUUUUAUCUUUA